AUGCCUGGCGUGAUGGAUUCCAAUGGGGGUGCAGUCUACUGCACGCUUCUGUUGAGUGAUCAUUAUCUUCCAGGUGCUAUGGUCCUUGCCCACUCCUUACGCGACAAUGGUACGAAAGCAAAGCUGGUGGCCUUGUUUACACCAGACAGGUUGCAAUCGGCAACGAUUGAUGAGUUACGGACCGUCUAUGACGAGCUGAUCCCCGUCAGCUCCAUGGUGAACGACACACCAGCCAAUCUCUGGCUCAUGGACCGCCCAGAUCUCAUCGCCACAUUUACCAAGAUUGAGCUCUGGCGCCUAACACAAUACCAGCGGGUGGUGUACAUUGAUUGUGACGUGGUGGCUCUCCGAGCUCCCGACGAGUUAUUAUCACUGGAAGUGGACUUCGCAGCCGCCCCUGACGUGGGCUGGCCGGAUUGCUUUAAUAGCGGGAUGAUGGUGCUCCGACCUAAUCUGCAGGACUACUAUGCGCUCCGGGCGCUCGCCCAGCGAGGCAUUAGCUUUGAUGGCGCCGAUCAGGGCUUGCUGAAUAUGCACUUCCGAGACUGGCAUAGGCUAAGCUUCUCGUAUAAUUGCACUCCAAGCGCCAAUUACCAGUACAUUCCUGCGUACAAGCACUUUCAAAGUACUAUCAGUCUUAUCCAUUUCAUUGGCUCGCAGAAGCCGUGGAAUAUGCCGAGGCAGAUUGUUCCGCUGGAGUCUCCGUACAACCAGCUGUUAAGCCGGUGGUGGGCUAUCUAUGACAAGCACUAUCGUUUGCCAUUUGUAUCGCCGAGCGGGCCUCACCAAGGACAUUACGAGGCUGCGUCAUUCCAGCGCGACGGCCGUCAACAAGACCGUCACGAACAGCAGACUAUAUCUCAACAAUGGCCGCAGCCAUACCACGUUGCUUCACAAGAAGAAGGCCCUGCGACCUUCCAUUACGAGCACGCGCAUCAAGAUUUACCUCAAGCCGAGCACAUCCUUUCAGAAACACAGCACCGGGAACACCACUCUGAACACCACUAUGAACACCACUCUGAACCUUCCUAUUAUAAUACACAUAACUCGGCGCCGGUGCCUGUUCUGAGCAUGGUACCGCAAUAUGUUCGCGGAGAAGAGCACGUUUCGACCUUUGUCCCACCAAUGCCCACUACUGCGCCAAUUACUUUCGCACCUCCAUUGAGCCAUGAAACAUAUGAGACAUCACAAACUCACCAGUCAUCCGAUGAGGGUGGCCAUAUCUCCGAACCACACCAUCAAUCUAGCCAUAGUGGUCAUAUCCAUCACCCUCAACCGGUGACCCCAAUCCCGCCGAUCAUCGAGUCCUACCAGUCUCCCCGUCCUCCCUCGCCAGAAGUUCCAAUCUUCGAGGCCCCCAAAUCCGAAUGGGAUCCUGCCCGCGAGCCUCCCCCAGCAAACACAAGACCCGAAGGGUUCAGCCUCCAAGAGAAGACCUACGACAUGUCCCAAGACACACAACUAUUCCAACCUCCAUCGUCCUACCCCGAGGCCCCGAAAAACAUGUACUACCAAGUCCCAACCACAAAACCAGAGCCACACAAAUACUCCACCGUCUUCCCAUGGGAGCUCCACGCCCCGAAACCAACUCGUGUCUUCGCCGAUGAGCCCACGCCAGAGAAUACGUACCAAGAGACACGCCACGAAACCCACGAAAUCCAACAACCACCCCAGGAAUCACUCCAGGAACCACCCCACGUUCCUACCGAGCUUGAACUCCCCACCCCGCCACAGAACCAACCCCAACCCAACGACCCGCCCCCACCAGGGCCCCUUUACACCCGCGUCCCCUACUCGCCCAGCGCAAGCUCCUACCAAACCUACAACCGCUCCAAUGCCUGGGACGAAGACCCCUCGAUCGCGCGAUACAUCGAGGGCGUACAAGCGCGGCGCGCAAAGCCAGCCGUGUCACCCUCGCACUCCACCCACAGUUCUGUGUCGCAGUCAAGCAAGAUAUCGGCAUCCCCAGAAAUUGUGCCUAGUUUGCCGGGAACGCCGCCGAUCCACUCGCUUGAAAAUGCCGGGGGCGUCAGUCAGGAGGAUUGGGUCGGUGUUACAGUUGAUGCGUUUAGCUCCCUGCUUAGCGCGACGUACUACCUGUGGCGGUCUACGGAGGGGGGCAGUAAGGGUCCGGGGGUUGCUGUUUAA